AUGCCGUCUGACCUAUCUGCUGUUGGUAUGACAUCGUUCGAUCAGACUGGUCCCGCCCUUGCCGCUCAACCUUUACCAUCCUACAACAGCGCAUUUUUUCCUGCUGGGACUAGUGGAAUAUUAGCACCGGAAGCAAAACAAUCGAUCGACAUCAAGCCUCAAAUCAACAACAGCGAGCAAGAAAUUCAACCGGUAGAACAACAUUAUAUGGGUGCUUCCAAUAAAAAUUUGGACACGACUCUCUACGCAAACGCCGGUCCUUCAACAAUGGCUGCACUAAUGCCUGGAUAUGGUAGCACUGCUCCAUGGUCCCUUCCAACGAUCAAUUCAUUCUCAGACCAAGAUACCACCUCGCUCUAUACGUACAAUGGAGUCGUAUGA